UAGUGCCUCCUUGUUAAUGGAUUGCAGAGAGUGAUCUGUGUCGCAAAACAUGGCGCAAAACGUUGGUUCACUGGAAGAACAGGCGCUGAAGAGAAAGGAGAGGCUCAAAGCAUUGAGGGAUAAAAAGCUUCAGGGCAGAGAGCAGGACGAUGGGGAGCCAGAGAAGAAAAAAGCUUUUGGAGAGGAGAUGACAGAGAGACACAGAGAUCUUAAACUGAGGAAUUACACUCCAGAGGAUGAAGAGCUGAAGGAAAGACGGGUGCCGAAUGCUAAACCUGAAUCGGUGGAAGAUAAAGUAAAAGACCAGUUAGAAGCGGCUAACCCAGAGCCGAUCAUUGAAGAAGUGGAUUUGGCCAACCUCGCCCCAAGAAAACCAGAUUGGGAUUUAAAGCGUGAUGUGGCCAAGAAACUGGAGCAGAUGGAGAGGAAAACACAGCUGGCUAUAGCUGAGCUCAUCUGGGAGCGUCUGAAAGGUAAUGAGGAGGAGCUGGCUGAAGCGGUGGCAGCAGUGGGAACAGGUGGAGGAGUAACAGCAGAGGGAGAUUCUGACUGAAUGUAAUAUUACGGACUACAGAUGACAAGUGGAACCACCUCUCUUAUUCUGAAUGAUGACCUGGCAUUGCUCUGUCUGUCGUGUUACAUCGCUAACUCAGAACUGUUUGGAGCUCUGCAGGGAGUGAAGUGACAUUUACCUCAUCUUCUCUGAACAGGUCUCUUGUAAUCUCUAGGAAAGUGUUAUUUCAUCCAGCCACCAAGGGAAUAUUUCUUCAGAACGUGGUACUUCCUGUAUAUAUGGUUCUUUGAAGUGUGGUAUAGACAUUUUUGGAUAUGUUACAAUGCUUUAUAUUUCAAGUAAAUUGUUAUUUUUUAAAUGUC